AUGACGGUGGUUGCCGGAUGGUACUCUGAGGAAAGAAUGGUGAAAGAGUUGAAGUUUUCCCCGACCCGUGUGAAGGCCGUCAAGGCUUUCUGUGAGAAGCACCACACCAAGAAGCGAAAGUUGUGGAGGAAUGACAAGUAUGAGGAGAACAAGAAGGAGUACUGGGUGCAGGUCUCCGAGGAUGGUACCUUUACCCUUGAGAACGAGGAUGUUUACGAGAAGGAGUUUCACGGGGAGGAUGCAAAGGACGAGCGCAGGAAGGCUAGGGCCGGUGGUGCGAACGAGGCGUUGCCGCCGCCGGAGAGCGACUCCGAUUCGGAUUCAGGGUCGGGCUCCUCAGAGUCUGACUCUGGGGACAAGAAGAAGAACAAACGCAAGAGACGCAGCAGCUCCAAUGCCCGCAGCACCAAGAAGUCUAAGAAGAACAAGCGCACGCCCGCAGGCAAAAAAAACAAGAAGACAAAGAAACACAAGAAGAACAAGAGCACCCCCAAAAAAGGCAAGAAGGACAAGAGCACCCCCAAAAAAGACAAGAAGGACAAGAGCACCCCCAAGAAAGACAAGAAGGACAAGAGCACCCCCAAGAAAGACAAGAAGGACAAGAGCACCCCCAAGAAAGACAAGAAGAAAGACAAGGGAAGCCCUAAAGCAGAGGUUGACUUGGAGGACCUUAUUCGCAUGAUGAACCAGUGUUUCUGUGUGCUUUCUUUCUUUUGGUGCAACCAUGUAUUUACUGCAUUGCAGGAUAUCAGGAAUGUCCCCACGGUUUUGGAACAGUUGCUGAAGACGGUGGGCAAGUUGCAGAAGCUGAAACUCCGGGUGGAAAAGGUUAAGACCGAGGAAGCCAAGAAGCAUCCCGGCAUGGUGCAUGUGGCUGAUUUGGAUGCGACCACGCAACGACUCAAUGAGCUUCAUGAUGGUAUCGCAGAGAUCAAGAGCCACUACGAGGGCCACAAGACCAUGAAAGUUGCGGAGUUGAAGCAGCAGCACCGGGAGGUUGAGAUGAGAAAGGGGCUCAGUGCCCCCAUUCAAUGGUCGUUUGUGGACCUGCCGGGCCUUCCUAAUCAUCCUUGGUUCAAGGUCUCCAGCUUCAUGCGAGCAUUCGUACACAACGACAAGCUUGGUUUGCUCCUUGGGGGAUCUGUGGACUUCAAUGUUGUGGAGGAAUACUGGGAGCGGUAUUACCAUGUGGAUCCGUCUCAUAAGGUAUUCUCCUUGCACAAAGAAGCACGCAAGUUUACCAUACCGAUGGCUUUGUAUGCAGACGAAGGACAAACGCUCAAAAAACAAGCCAUUAAUAUUUUGGCUAUUCAGCCGGUUAUUGGGAGUGGGACGCGUCUGUAUCAACAGCAUCGAAUGGAUGAUUCUGCUAUGGGUGCCAACUUCGCAGGCUCUACCUACCGCACGCGAUUUCUUCUUUCUUGCUUGAUGAAAGCCAAAUAUCGUAAAUCGCCCCAGACGCUGGAUGAGCUUCUGCGUGCGAUUGUGAUGGAUUGCAAUUUCCUUUUGGAGAAAGGUGUGGGAAUCCAGGUCAAUGGGCAGCAGCAGUCGCUGCGAGUGGCCGUUGUUGCCUUCAAGGCCGACUGGCCGAUGCUUGCACGUGUUGGCUACCUCGAACGCCACUUUGGCAGGGUUGCGUUUGGCAAGAAGAAGAUUGGGAUCUGCCACUUGUGCAGUGCCGGAAAAGAGGGUGUGGCCUACCACGAAUGGGAAGGGACUGCGAAGUGGCAGCGAACCCUUUUCAAGGAUUCGCCUUUCAGCCGUGACGAUGGACCUCUUGCACUGUUACACCAAAGUGCUACGAAAGCACGCCUUUUCAUGUAUGACAUGUUCCACACGUGCCACAAAGGUGUGUUUGCUGAGGUUGCGGGCUCGGCAAUCGAAUCUGGGAAGCAGCUAGCAACUAAACAACGGUUUAACGUUUUGCUACUUGUUUUAUAUAUUAAUGUGCGAAUGGUCAUAUGGUCUGGUUCGAUCACAUCUAUAUAG